UUUUUUUCGUCAUACCGCUGUUCCUGCGCCGCCGCUCGUUUGCUUCGGAUAACUCGUAGUUUGCAUCAAAUAUCUCGGGAGAGUAACUGAGGAAAUGGAGGUUCAUGCUUCAGUCAACCAGCCUGCAAAACAUGGGCCGCAGUCAUACCAGAUGAGAAAUGGCACGAAAAAGCAGCCGCAGCAUUCUGCUGACAUAGUAUACUCCAAAGGGGCGUCUAUCCAGACCAUGCCCUCGCUCAGCAAACUUUUGAAGGGAAACACUGAGUGCGUCAUAGGUCUUCAGUUUGUGUGGGAGUACCGCAGCCCCAGUAAAUCCGUCCCACCACACUACCAGUGCAAACUCUGUGCCGUCUCCCGCCUGCAGCAUGAUAUGGUUGCCCACAUCAAAGGCUGGAAACACAGCUUCAGAUACUUGAAACAUGUCUAUCCUGACAAGGUCAGAUAUGAGGAGGAAGAGGCCAUCAAAGACCCGGCUGUAAGGAAGGCAAUUAAAGAAAUUUCCAUUUCGGUGCAGGAAGCAGAGGGAAGUGGGACCCUGAAGGUGAUUCUGAAGGAGCCAUGUGAAGUCCUUGCUUUUAAAGGACUCCGUACUGCUAUUCCUAAAUGUAUGCCUCCAACAGCACCCGGGAUGGGACCGAAGAGACCACCCUUUGGUCCCAGGUUCUCUGACCCAAGGUUUCCAGGGGAGUUUGCUCCUCAGGGUUGUCUUUUCCCUGACUAUCCAGUGGGAGACUAUGAGGAGCCUGACUUCAGCGGCUUUGAUUACCCGGCCAGGCAAGAUUCUCUUGGCUCUGGUAUGGAUCGAAGACCUUUCCCAGAUGCUUUGGGUCAUCGCCCACCUGGGCAUGGAGAUGGCUUUGGACCAGGGGGUGGAAGAGAUGGCUAUGGAAGGAGUGGCCUCCUCGAGGACAACCCAGGCAGGAUGCACACUGAGUACCGGACGAGCUUAUUGGACAGACCAAUAGACAAGUCACUGGAGAGGCCAGGCUUGAUGGGAGCGGCGCCAGAAAGUAGCAAUCGUUCUAAUACACUUCUCACCUACCUGGAUACCUUCCGGAUAGAGAAUGAGAAUGACGCACAGAUGGUGCUGAAGGUGACACAGAAACUGACAGAUGUGCUGAUGGAGUACAGACUGAGGAGUGUAUCAAGGGGCCCCAGUGCGAACAACUUUUUGAUGAGCUCCACGAACUUCACUCCAACCCCCAGAUUGUUAAGCAGUCGCGACCGAUUCCCUUCCACUAGCCUCCUGGGUCAACCCAGGCACUCUGAUGGCCCGCCCAGGUAUUACAAAUGACAAUCCCAAGAUGCGAUACGUCAUCUUCUCAUCCCUCGGUCUGCCUAAGACAUGUGCAGCAGUCAAAUUAAAUGUUGUGGUAAUGUUUAUGAAUUUAGGCGUAGUUGUUCAUUUUCUUCUUAGUUUUCCUUCUUUUUUUUAAAAUGUUAACUUUGUUAGAAUGAAAAGAUGUCUUACUUUGGAAGUUUUACAUAGAAUUACAAGUGUAUGUUUUCAGCAGCUUAAACUGAACUCAAGUGUAUGACCAUUUUUCAUUUCCCAAGGCCCUGUUGUAUUAAAAGAAAUGGAGAAAGUG